AUGCGAGCGGCUGCGGAGAGGGGGAUUGGCAAAGACGAUGCAGCCCGCCUUCGCCGCAGAUGCCAACAGCUCAUUGCAUUCGCCGAACAGCUCAAGGUGCAGCUGACAGCCUCGCCGGCCUCGCCACCGACCGACGGCCUCAGUAUUCUGCGUGGCGCUUCACGGCUCCACGGAAGCUACUAUCCCCCUUGGAGUGACGAUCCUCCCGACGCGCAGUUCCAGCUGGGACCCGAUCUAGCGCCAUACGUCGACGACACUCUAUUCCCGCUUUCCGAGACCCAACUGGCCAACUUUUCGGCAUGGCAAAGACCACACGAGCUGUUCGGCCCCUUCGCCGCCGGCCAAGAUGAUGCUCUAAUGAACCAAGGCACGCGCUUCGACUUGGCGCAAGAUAUAACUACUGACUGUUCGGUCGUCGCUAGUCUUUCUGCUGCCGCGAGGAUCUGGACUGGAAAACAUGCGGUCCUUUCGAAAAUAAUGCACCCGUUCGACCACGCAAGAGGGCAGCCUAAGCUCUCUCCUUCCGGGAAGUACAUCUUUCGGCUGAACUUCAACGGUUGUGCUCGUCUAGUUACCAUAGACGACAGGCUUCCCGCCUCGGGAACCGAUAGAGCUCUCUUUGUCACAGAUCGACAUAAUCCUCGGUUGAUAUGGCCGGCUUUGCUCGAGAAGGCCUACCUCAAAGUACGUGGUGGUUAUGACUUUCCUGGCAGCAACUCGGGAACCGAUCUCUGGGUCCUCACUGGCUGGAUACCCGAGCAAUUAUUCCUCCAAAGGGAGGACUUUGACAUGGACGAGACUUGGAACAGGAUCAAGACAGCUUACGGCAAUGGGGAUGUCAUUAUCACGCUUGGCACAGGCCCUGUCUCUACAGAAGAGGAGACUAUCAUGGGACUCGUAGGAGAGCAUGAUUAUGCUGUGCAGAAGCUGGAUCCCUCGAAUCGCAGGUUCCUCGUUAAGAAUCCUUGGUCGGGCGGCCAAUCGUGGACAGGACAAGAGUGGUCUGCUGUUCACGGCUCCGGCAGGGCCAAACUGGGCUCGUCACCCGAGGCAAGUGAUUGUGAUGAUGAAUCACCCUGCCGGGGUACACUUUGGCUGGACAGUGAGGAUAUAGCUCAGCAUUUCGAAUCCAUGUACCUCAACUGGAAUCCGGCGCUGUUCACUCAUCGCCAAGAGCGUCAUUUUGCAUGGGAGAUCCCCACGACAGAUUUUGCGGCGUCAUUGGUGCGGAAUCCGCAAUUCUCAAUCACCUCGCCAACAGGAGGAGUGAUUUGGAUCUUGCUGAGCCGUCACUUCAAAGAUGCCGAGCUCGAAAUUGCCCGCAACGCAGCUGGUCCUUUGGCUGCCGUGUCCAGUCAACUAGGCUUCAUGAGUAUUCUUGUCUUUGACCGUCAGGGCCAAAGAGUCCAGCUCGGUGAUGGAUCGACAUACCGCGGGCCAUACGUCGACUCUCCACAGACGCUCGCGCGAAUCGAGAGCAGACCUGGUAAAGCAUACACCGUCGUGGUUGACCAGCAGGCGCUGCCUUUACCCAGCUACACCUUCUCGCUUUACGUUUUUUCAAACGGCUUAGUGCACGUCAAGGAGGCUGAAGAGAAGAUGGCAUACUUUACGGAACAACGAGGCGCUUGGAACAGACGGACGGCCGGGGGAAACCCGUCAUGCACAACUUACUUUCUGAAUCCCCAGUACAAGCUGUCGGUCCCUCGCGCCACUCCCGUGUCCAUCUUGCUGGCUACAGGCAACCGCGACGUUCAUGUACACGUUGAUCUGAUUUGGGCGCGGGGCAAACGUGUAAAUACCGUCAAGGCGAAAGACUUGGUCGUGUCCUCGGGAGAGUAUCGCCGUGGCUGUGCCAUUGCAGAACUCGCUAUGCUCGAGGCUGGAGACUAUACCUUGGUCUGUUCGACCUUUGAAGCGCAGCAAAUGGCCGAGUUCACAUUACGAAUUGGCUCCAUGACCCCAAUUACACUGGAGCCUAUACCGGCCGAUACGGCGGGGAAAUUACGAACACCUCUGCCACCUCUUACUUUAGGCGGAGAAGGCCAGCGUUGGAGGGCCUCCAUCGGGGCGUCCUGGGUAACCCGAGCUUUCGUUUCCGUCCGAAGUGUGGCACCUCCGCCAGAGACCUCUUACCACGACACGCGCUCGCCGCCGGGCGUGAUGGUUCGAAUCUCGAUGUCGGAUGGUUCGGGUUCGGAGUCCCGGAUCCUAGCCGAGUCGAGAGCGGGCUUGGGAGAUUCCGGACCAGUCAUUCGAACUGCCGAAUUUGACAUUGAGCCCUCCAGUACGGGUGGCGGCCCCAGAUACCUUGUUAUAGAGAGUUUGCGGGAGCAUCGGACGAUUCAAGAGCUCUCUGGAGAUGUCUUUAGCGACUCUCCCAUCCAGAUUGGCGACUGGGAAGCCUAG